GCGGAGAGUGGGACCGAGCAACCUGAUCUCGAAUGAGUUCACGUUCUCCUCCACUCGUCCCUGCUUCUGCUUAUUCUUCUCCUUCCACAGGGAUGGCAUAUGUAACGCAUGGAAAUGCAAAUUGCAACUCCUUAUUCCUAAAAUUUCCAAUUUCCCAUACCGCUAUUUCUGCUCUGCCCUUCUUGCAACCGCCAGUAAAAUAUUGUACACCUUUUAACAGAGGAACACUCAUUCCCCAAUGCUUAAAUGGAAAGAGGACUUUUACUUUAUCAGACAAGAGAUUUAAUUGGAACUUUUCAAAGAAAGAGACUUUCUCUAUCCCUAGAAGUAGUAAUUCUUCCAAUGAACCCUCUAAUGAGACGGAGAAGACACCAUUUGGAUAUACAAGGAAAGAUGUCCUGUUAAUUGGACUUGGAGUUACUUUACUUGGCAUUGGCUUAAAAAGUGGAUUGGAGUUUGCUGGAGUUGAUUCACUUCAAGCAGGAAAUGUGGUUCAGCUAGUGCUGGUUUUAGGCCUCACAGUUGGGUGGAUCUCAACAUAUGUCUUUAGAGUUUCAAACAAGGAAAUGACAUAUGCACAGCAACUACGUGACUAUGAAAGCAAAGUGAUGGAGAAGCGGUUAGAGUCCCUAACAGAAGCAGAGCUACAAGCACUGCUUGAAGAGGUUGAGGAAGAGAAGAGUCGCUAGCCAGUGGUGCGUAGGUGAAUUGAAGUAGCUUGUUUGUAUAUAUACAAAGAAGUUUUGCCUAAGUAAUUGAAACAGAAAAUUUAAUGUAUAUGGAACUAGUUCAGAAAGGUUUCAGCUAUGCUUGCUUGCUUCAGUUUACUCAUGAGACAAGAUGACGAGACUUGAAGUCCUUAGUGUACUGUCACAAAAAAUUCCAGAUGGAAGCAACUCUGUAAGAUAGGAUGAUAAUGCUUUUAAAUUCAUAUAAUAUUAUGUCUUUUCUUGGAGCCGUUCACCACUUUA